ACAAUCUUAAUAAACGUCUUGGAAGAUACAAAAUAACUAAUUUUGAUUUGUUCUGAAUAAGAUAGAACUACAAAACUCGUUUAUUUUAACGAGUAGAAAAAUUUUUGGCGACCACUUUGAAAAUUAACUUAUAAUAAUUUUUAAAAUGGAUGAAGAAGAAAUGGAAGUAGCCGAAGUAGAUUCGAGUUCAAAUCAGGCAAUGUCAACAGCGGAACGAAAAUUACGUUACACGGAGCUAUUGGAUAACUUAGAAGAAUUAGAUAAUUCAAAUAUUACCGGAAUAUCUACCACCAAGAAGAUAUCAACGGUAUUAGAAGAAGUUUCUUAUCUUCAUAAUCAAUGUCGUUCUGUGGAUCGUGUUAAAAAUAUUGAUGAAACAAUUGUCGAUCAUCAAGUUAUAUCACGAGCUACUCAGCUUUUAUCAAAAUGUGCAGAAGUUAUAGAUUUACAAUCACUUCGUUAUGAUAGUAACGAAUUUUGUUUGGCUUUAAUAGAAAAGUUAAAAUCCACAGAUAAUGAUAAAAUAAAUUUUUUGGCUUUGUCAGAGGCAGCUGGUAUCAUACCAGAUGAGAUCCACUUUAAUUCUGUCUAUAGUGCCUGUGAUUUCGAUAAAGUAUCUGAAGUGAAGGUGAGAAAAGUUAAACAAAAAGUUGCUAAAGAAACUGCCCCAAAAAAAGAGUUAAUAAAUGUAGUUAAUAAAAAAAAAGAUGCAACUGAAGAUCAGAUUGCUUAUAUCUACAAGGUUUUAAUUGAAGUUUAUGAGAAAGGACAUAAAAAGGCGUUGGAUUAUUACGAUUUUGUGAUUGAUACGUCUGAUUUUGGUGCUACUGUAGAAAAUAUUUUUUAUUGUUCUUUUUUGGUUAAAGAAGGAAAAGUUGAAAUUUAUAAAGAAAAUGGUAUUAUUAAAAUUUCUCCAAAAUCUUCAAAGGUAUCAUCUAUCUCGCAAAGUAAAAAAUCAGGUGGUGAAUGGAUCCAUUCAAUUGAUAUGGAUAGUUGGGGGAAAAUUAACAAAGAAGGUUAUUUACAAAUGUAUAAGAUGAAAUGUUAAUUUAAAAAACUUUAUCAUUAUUAUCUUAAGUUGUAUUACAAGUAUUAUUAAUAAAGAAUAUUUAAGUUUACAAAUGUAUAAGAUGAAACGUUAAUUUAAAUAACUUUAUCAAUAUUAUCUUAAGUUGUAUUAUAAGUAUUGUUAAUAAAGAAUAUUUAAGUUUACAAAUGUUUAAGAUGAAACGUUAAUUUAAUUCAGUAUGCAUAUUUCAAGAAGGUCUAAUUACCUUAAUUU